ACUGUACAAGGAAAACCCCGUCGGAUCUGUUAUUGCGGGAUACUUGUGAAAUAUACAUAGGAUUCUUUCUUAUGGCUGCAUCCCGGAUCUGGAAAUUUUACUUGGGGACCAGGAGGAUUUGAAAGGCUGCAUGUACUCAGAAGAUUUGCAAGCAACACUCCAAUUCUUGUCAUAGAGCUCACAGACUUCUCACUUAUCGGCUUUUUUCCUUCCUUAUUUUUUAAGAAUUAUUCUUAUUUUCCCCCCUCUUUUUCUGCUCUCUCCUCUCUCAGUCUCUCCUUUUCUAUCUGCCUCUUCAUUUUUCUCCUAGUCUGUUUUUUUUUUUUUUUUUCCUGCUCUGCACCUGGAUUGUAUCUUCAGCAAACAAUCGGGCACUUUGAGAACUAACUGGAGACAGUCUUGUAGGGAAGAUCUGUAUGGAAUUAUCUGCUUUUAUGGUGAACUUGGCAUUUGUGAAUGGGAAUUUUGCUCACAAUAUUAAUUGCUAGCAAAAACAAGAAAAAGAACACAGGAGUAAAACGUGGAUUUUUCUGAAUACGCAUUGUGAUGACCAGCAAUUACCUUACCAACUAAUAUCCAGAGGAGAAUAAUUUGGAAGACUGUUGUGGGGAACAGCCUUUAAGAGCUGGAAGAUGAAAGCUCCGAUUCCACACUUGAUUCUCUUAUACGCUACUUUUACUCAGAGUUUGAAGGUUGUGACCAAAAGAGGCUCCGCCGAUGGAUGCACUGACUGGUCUAUCGAUAUCAAGAAAUAUCAAGUUUUGGUGGGAGAGCCUGUUCGAAUCAAAUGUGCACUCUUUUAUGGUUAUAUCAGAACAAAUUACUCCCUUGCCCAAAGUGCUGGACUCAGUUUGAUGUGGUACAAAAGUUCUGGUCCUGGAGACUUUGAAGAGCCAAUAGCCUUUGAUGGAAGUAGAAUGAGCAAAGAAGAAGACUCCAUUUGGUUCCGGCCAACAUUGCUACAGGACAGCGGUCUCUACGCCUGUGUCAUCAGAAACUCCACUUACUGUAUGAAAGUAUCCAUCUCGCUGACAGUGGGUGAAAAUGACACUGGACUCUGCUAUAAUUCCAAGAUGAAGUAUUUUGAAAAAGCUGAACUUAGCAAAAGCAAGGAAAUUUCAUGCCGUGACAUAGAGGAUUUUCUACUGCCAACCAGAGAACCUGAAAUCCUUUGGUACAAGGAAUGCAGGACAAAAACAUGGAGGCCAAGUAUUGUAUUCAAAAGAGAUACUCUGCUUAUAAGAGAAGUCAGAGAAGAUGACAUUGGAAAUUAUACCUGUGAAUUAAAAUAUGGAGGCUUUGUUGUGAGAAGAACUACUGAAUUAACUGUUACAGCCCCUCUGACUGAUAAGCCACCCAAGCUUUUGUAUCCUAUGGAAAGUAAACUGACAAUUCAGGAGACCCAGCUGGGUGACUCUGCUAAUCUAACCUGCAGAGCUUUCUUUGGGUACAGCGGAGAUGUCAGUCCUUUAAUUUACUGGAUGAAAGGAGAAAAAUUUAUUGAAGAUCUGGAUGAAAAUCGAGUUUGGGAAAGUGACAUUAGAAUUCUUAAGGAGCAUCUUGGGGAACAGGAAGUUUCCAUCUCAUUAAUUGUGGACUCUGUGGAAGAAGGUGACUUGGGAAAUUACUCCUGUUAUGUUGAAAAUGGAAAUGGACGUCGACACGCCAGCGUUCUCCUUCAUAAACGAGAGCUAAUGUACACAGUGGAACUUGCUGGAGGCCUUGGUGCUAUCCUCUUGCUGCUUGUAUGUUUGGUGACCAUCUACAAGUGUUACAAGAUAGAAAUCAUGCUCUUCUACAGGAAUCAUUUUGGAGCUGAAGAGCUCGAUGGAGACAAUAAAGAUUAUGAUGCAUACUUAUCAUACACCAAAGUGGAUCCUGACCAGUGGAAUCAAGAGACUGGGGAAGAAGAACGUUUUGCCCUUGAAAUCCUACCUGAUAUGCUUGAAAAGCAUUAUGGAUAUAAGUUGUUUAUACCAGAUAGAGAUUUAAUCCCAACUGGAACAUACAUUGAAGAUGUGGCAAGAUGUGUAGAUCAAAGCAAGCGGCUGAUUAUUGUCAUGACCCCAAAUUACGUAGUUAGAAGGGGCUGGAGCAUCUUUGAGCUGGAAACCAGACUUCGAAAUAUGCUUGUGACUGGAGAAAUUAAAGUGAUUCUAAUUGAAUGCAGUGAACUGAGAGGAAUUAUGAACUACCAGGAGGUGGAGGCCCUGAAGCACACCAUCAAGCUCCUGACGGUCAUUAAAUGGCAUGGACCAAAAUGCAACAAGUUGAACUCCAAGUUCUGGAAACGUUUACAGUAUGAAAUGCCUUUUAAGAGGAUAGAACCCAUUACACAUGAGCAGGCUUUAGAUGUCAGUGAGCAAGGGCCUUUUGGGGAGCUGCAGACUGUCUCGGCCAUUUCCAUGGCUGCGGCCACCUCCACAGCUCUAGCCACUGCCCAUCCAGAUCUCCGUUCUACCUUUCACAACACGUACCAUUCACAAAUGCGUCAGAAACACUACUACCGAAGCUAUGAGUACGACGUACCUCCUACCGGCACCCUGCCUCUUACCUCCAUAGGCAAUCAGCAUACCUACUGUAACAUCCCUAUGACACUCAUCAACGGGCAGCGGCCACAGACAAAAUCGAGCAGGGAGCAGAAUCCAGAUGAGGCCCACACAAACAGUGCCAUCCUGCCGCUGUUGCCAAGGGAGACCAGUAUAUCCAGUGUGAUAUGGUGACAGAAAAGCAAGGGACAUCCCGUCCCUGGGAGGUUGAGUGGAAUCUGCAGUCCAGUGCCUGGAACUAAAUCCUCGACUGCUGCUGUUAAAAAACAUGCAUUACAAUCUCUAGAACACGAGGAAAAACAGGGUCUUGUACAUAUGUUUUUUGGAAUUUCUUUGUAGCAUCAGUGUCCUCCUGUUUUACCAUGUCUUUUACCAUUACAUUUUUUGACUUUGUUUUAUAUGUCGUUGGAAUUUGUAAAUUUACAUUUUUUUUAAAGAAGAGACUGAUGUGUAGAUAGAAAACCCUUUUUUGCUUCAUUAGUUUAGUUUUAGAAUGGGUUUUUAUUUUAUUUCCUUUUUUAAAAUUUUACUUUGCUUUUAACAUUUCCUUGGGGUGCUUGGACAAAUCUAUCCGAUGGGACAAGGAGCACCGGAUUCUUUCUCGGGUUCUGCCUAGGAUCAACUGGGCCAUGUCGGCCUUCAGAGAACAGUGCAACAAAUGCCAGCAUUGCCAUUCGGGGAAAAAAAAAAAAAAAAAAAAAAGAUGAGAAGAACACUUGUUCAUAGGAGGGCCCCACCAGUCAGAGCCCUGAAUCUCUUCCUUGUCCCACCUCAUUCCCCACCUCUACCUUUCUAAUGGCGGCAUGAUGUGUAAACUCUGUGCAGGGGUGGGGGCGGGUCUAACUGUCUUAACAUUCAAGUCACUGCUCUUCAGAAUACACUCUAGACCCAAAGGUGUGCUAAUCACUUCACAGUGACCACUACAGAGUACUAAGAAGAGAAGAUCAAGGGCAUGAAAUUGGGGAAGAGUGUUAUUUCCGUUUUUUAAAUGAGUUGAUGUACCCUUAUAUAUAUAUACAUAUAUAUAAAUAUAAAUAUAUAUAAAAACAACAAAACAAAACAAAA